AUGGACUGGUCGACCGUCGUGGUGCCCGACCAGGGCAUCCCGCCGCCGCCGCCCAGCAUUCACGUCUCCAACUCGACGUUCAACUCGACACUAAACCAGACGGUCAACGCGACGGGCGGCAGCCCAGCGGCAUUCCGCAAGCGCACACCAGUGUCGCACAUCAAGGACUUCCAUCUGCCGAUCGAGAAGCGCGGGAACCCCAAGUCGGUCGACUGGCGCGGGCGGUGGGGGUGGCAGUGGACAACAUCAACACAAGACCAGGGCGGGUGCGGGGCGUGCUGGGUGUUCGCGGCGGUGGCGCUGGUGGAGAUGCAGAACCGCAUCGAGCACGGCGCGUGGAGCAAGUCGUCCGAGGCGGACCUGCAUGACAUGAUCGGCGUCAACUGCGCCAUGGCCGGGGGGCCCAGCGGCGCCCUCGACUGGGCCAUCAAGGACGACAAGGGCAUCUCCGACCCGCACUGCUACCCCUACAUCGGCACCGACCGCUUCUACUUCCCCUGCGGCGACCGCGCCGGCCGUUCUGUCCGCUUGCCCGCGUACACGUGGGUCGCCAGCGUCGACGACCAGAAGCGCUGGCUUAAUAAUGUCGGGCCCCUCGCCGCGUGCUUCACCUUCUACCCCGACUUUUUCUCGUGGGGCUUCAAGGGCAGCUCGCCGUACAAGUGGGACGGCGUGACCAACUCGACGGGCGGGCACUGCGUGCUCAUCGUGGGCUACGACGACAAUGCCGGCGGCUGGAUCUUCAAGAACUCGUGGGGGACGGGCUUCGGCAACGGCGGAUACGGGUACUUUGCGUACGGUUCAGCACGAAUCGACGACGGGCCCAAGCUGGGCAUCUCCAACCUGAGCCCCGACCCGUGGGCCAAGAAGAAGCACCACAACGGCAUCCUAUACGAGUCCGGCAACGGUGCCACACACCGCAACUACGAGAUGGUGCGGUCCAACGCGACGGGCGGCUUCACGCACGUGUACCGGCAGGGCGAGGCGCCGAACAAGUGGGCGGUGGUGCAGCCCGUGUUCGAGCUCAACACCACGUCCGGCAAGCCGAUCUUCGGGUCGACGGUGUUCGGGCAGCCCGUUAUCACGGGCACGUCGUUCAACCGCGACUACGAGGUCGUCUACGUCAGCACGGAGGGCACCCUCGAGACGUGGCACUAUUCGCAGAACGUCCACUACUGGUACUAUACUACGUCUCCGAGAUUCGCCGGCCUCACCCUCAGGGGAUACCCGGGCUUUGUGCAGAUGGACGACUCAUCGUUCUGCGUCGUCGCCCGCACGUCGACGGGGGCUUUGCAAGAGCUGAUCCGCGACGCCAAGACAGGCCUCUGGUCGUGGGGCAGCCAAAUCGCGGCCAGCGGCAUCUUCGCGUCGGGACCGUCGCUGGUUCAGUCCAACGUCGGACUGAACAUCUACGACAGCAAUAGCCGGGGCAACCUGUAUGUGGUCGCCGUGCUCAACACUGGACAGCUGCAGCUGUUCUGGCGGAGCAACGCCAUCGGCGCCAGCCACGCGUGGAGGGCGGGCGAGGUGUUUGGGUCGGGCGUGUCCCGCGCGACGCCGCCCGUCAUGAUCCAGGAUUAUUGGGGGACUACUGACGAGCGCUCGCCCGGCGGCUUCCAGCUCGUUGUUGUUGUCAACGGCUACGUCCAGCACUGGCAGCGCAUCAACUCCAACAUUGCGUCCAGCCCGCCCGUCGCCGGCGCCCGCGGCCCGUGGACUCAGAUAAGGACUUAUGGUAAUGGCCACAUCAAGCACGUGUGGAGCUUGGUGCAGGGUAGUUUCCGCGGAAUCUUGGACUCUGUGAUUGAGGACUUCAAUGGCGAUAUGUGGCAUUAUCAGUUUGUUGGCAAUCCCGGCCAGUGGAAGUUGAUGGGCAUUGUCCCUGGUGUCCGCGGCGGGUUCUAA